GCGAAUAGAGAUCUGGCGCGAAUAUUCAACUGGUAACUGCUUAUGCUGUCGUUUCUGUCCGUCCCAAGUGUCUUGGAGAAUGGAUAUUGGAAAAGAUUGCACCGUGAACUUUAAUCAUUGAAAAGAUGGAAGAACUUCAAAUUGCCUUUGUGGGGUCACCUCCACCUUCAGGAGAGGAGAUUUGCGCUUCCGAUAUAAACUUUGAUAGGACUCUUCCUGGUUUGCAUCAAUAUCUUGGAACAGAUUUUAUAGAUGUAGGCGGGAGAACGUUUUUGGAGCCUGGGAGUGAGACUCAUAUGUAUGCAUUUUAUCGCAAGGAUGUUGUGUUGGUGCCCGGACAUUCUCUUCCACUGAUACCUUAUGAUCCAUUGGAAUCAGAUCUUCUCCAAAAAAUUAAUAAGGAGAGAAAGCCCUUGAUAUUUCUUCCUGGGUAUCAAGAUCAUGUGAGCUUGGGGGAUUUUAUUGGUUGUGUUGGUACUACGGCUGACUUAGUUGCCAUCUGUAUUCCUGAUUCAAACGAAAAUGCUCCUAUUCGUGCUAUGUUUAUUGGCAGACAACGGAUUCGUAUCACUAAAGCAACGCGUGACUCUUUAUACCCUCUUGUUUGUCAUGGUACAAUUUUACCAGAAGCAUCUUUUGAUCGUGAAAUGGCCAGUCACCCUUUGGGUUGGGGAUUGAUUCCUCGAUCAUUGGCUCGUUUCGGUCGCGACCCACUACCAGCACGUCCAAGUUCUCAGAAUUUCAACUCAUUAAACCAAGUUUCAGCCAGUGCAGUGUCUACAAAGUAUUCAAACACUCGUCCCUCUCACAAUAGUCUACCCAGUUCUCCCCCAUCACAUUCUCUCACAGUAAACUUUUGUGUCCCACCAGCAGGUAAUGCCUUUUCUAUUUUCGAUUCCCGGUUGAGUACCUGGAGAACUGCAGGACCCAUCAGCUUUGGAAAUAUAUAUCCGUCAUGUAGCUCCGCAGGAGCUCGACUUGAUCAUUUUGUUGACGAUGGUUCAGACCAGGAAGACAACUCAAAAAAAUCGAAAUGUGAUCCUGAUAAGUUUGACAAUGAAGGCGAUACGGAGGUAAAUUGUGCAUCAUCCAGUUAUAACAAAAAGCAGGUUGUAAAAUCAGGAAAUAAACUAGCUAGAUCUUCCUCACUUUCAGAAGACAUUGAAUUAAUUGUGGAUCGUGCUGUUGAUCGAGUUGGCAGACCCUUUCAUUAUCGUAUCAAACAGCUUUGUGAUCCUCGUCUCUUGGCUCGUCGUGAUGUUUUAGCCGCAGUUGCGCAAGCUUACGCUUCUCUACCGUAUUGGGUUUAUCGACAGUAUGAUUUGAAUUAUUUAGUUGCAGCCAUUCAAGCGGAACUUUAUAAUUGGAAUGAUACUUGGCAAGUUGAUAAAUGGAAUCCUGAAUUAGCCGUCCCUUUUUCUUACUGGCUAAUACAAAAUCUUCCGAUGUCUGGUUCGUUGAAAUCUCAUAUAUUGGGUAUCGAUCAUGUUGUACAACGUUUACGGGCUUUGCUAGAAGUUAUACGCCGUUCGACAGCCUGUGUUUGUUCAUCAUGUGAUGCAAAUAUCACUUCAAACCAAUAUAUUAUAUGCCUUGCUCAAGAAGGAAGUUCACAGACGUAUAUUAAUCCGUCUGGCAUUUUACACGAUAUUGUAACUGUGAGUCAAGUCACACCAAAUUCUGUUAAUCUUAUCGGUGAGGCCUCAGCUGAAUAUUCCUGGUUCCCUGGUUAUUCUUGGACAAUAGCCAAUUGUAAUAGCUGUUACCAGCAUAUGGGUUGGUUAUUCAAAGCGUUAAAUGAUCAAUUACGUCCACGAAAAUUUUGGGGUAUCCGACGUCAGACAGUUGUACCCGGUUUAAUAAGUGCAUCAGAUUGGCGUCCUUGUAUUUAAUUUGUUAAGGAAAAGUAUCUUGAUUUUUAUCUUUCUUUAACAAAAUUGUUAUCAACAGAUAUUGUCUUGUUCAUUUUCUUUGUCAUUAAAGUUUUAUAUGUGAAAUUUGAGUCAUAUAUAUCGACAAGACAUUUUAAUUGUUGCGAGUUGUUUAUACGCAUAAGUUCAUAAUUUGUCAUUAUUUUCCUCUAAGGUUAUCCCUCGUGUUUAUUAUAAUUUAAAGCUGUAAUAUAAACAAACAUAACUGUAUUUUUAAAAUAAACUGUUCACCUCGGCUUUAGCUUCUAAGGAUUUUUUUUUCGAAAAUACUGUUCACAUUUCGAUUGUACUGCUUUUCUUCCUAAAUGUGAUUUUCAUUUAUCAACUCUCGCUCAGUUCAAGUCUGUUUUUUCUGUCAGUCCACAGGUUUUUUGUUGCUUUUUCAUUAAUUUUAAAAUAAAAUUGAACAAUUUGAGAUCGAAUUAAUUCGUUCAUGUUGAAUGCAUGGGUACUCAUAUGAUGCUUUUGUUGAACAUUUUAUUGCUUGUUUAUCUAUUAUUUCUUUCACAAUAAGCAGAAAACUUCAUUGAUUUUAUGAUGACGCUCUGACUUACCUACUCAUUUAAAUAACUUAUUUUUCAUGUAAUCAAUCUGUGUACAUUUGGCAUUCAUUUUUUAUCUUAUAUGAUUGAGUGAAUGACUUCUAUAAAUUGAUAUAUAAAAUUUAGGGAGAUUGUUACUUUAGCUAACUUUAUAUGUCAGCAUUUUUCAUGCUAAAGCAAUGUUAUCAGUAUUGCUGAUAUUGAUUCCAUUGUUUACAACAUGUUUAUAUUGUUAAUUUUAGGAAACCAAUCAGUGUUCCCUCAUUGCUUCUUUAUUCUACCAUUUACCAGGGCCAUAGUUUUAUGGUCUAAUGAUUUAAUAUAGGUGCAGGUUUGCCUUUGGUUGUCGUCAGUAUGAACUGACGAUUACUUACUUUUUAUUGGGAGCUGAUUAGACAAAUAACUACAUGUAACACUUGAUUAUUAUUCACCAUGAAACGCUCAUAGCAUUUGACAUCCACACAUUUAUUCUAUCCCUAUAAGUACGUAAAUGAUAGGACAAGUUAUUUAAUUCUCUUACUGUUAUAACACAGUACACCUCAUACGUUUAUGGUGUUAGAUCUGUUAGACUUGUGAUGUUAUGUCAGAAAGUAAUAUUUUUGAUGACACUAGUUACAACUUAGCUGCUAUCGAUAAAUUUGAGAUUUCACUUAACACGGAGGAGGAUAAUCAUAUAGUCCUUAAUUUUAUAUAUACGAUCUACAGGUACUAGUUACUAAAACUUCUUACAUUGUAUGAUGCUUUAAUUAUCAUUAGUUUGUUUUUUUUGGACUGGAGAAGACAGUUUAUCCUGGAUAAGCAGCUCAUUAUGUUAUUUGAUAUUGACUUAAUGUUAGUCUUCAGACAGCUUUAAAUCUGUUGCAAUAAAUUUCUGUGUAGUACCUACC